AAUGAAACAGUCUGGCUGCAAAAUGGCAGAAAUUCAGAAGUUACUUCAACAAGACAUCCCAGCAGAUAGACAAGUUCUGGUGGAAAACUACACAAAACUCCAGCAGGUAGCAGAACACUGUGAAAAUAACUAUGUACAGGCUCAAGACAAGGCUAAAGCUCUUCAGGAGACCAAGGCCUAUGCCACCCAAUCUCUUGCAGGUGUGGUGUAUCAAAUCAAUACACUGGCUGAGAAAGUGCUCAGACUACUUGACUUAGAGGCUUCUGAAAUCUCCAAAAUGGAAUCUUCUAUCAACUGCAUAUCUCAGAGGGUGGAAAUGCACAAGGAAAAGGUAGCUCGUCGAGAGAUUGGAACAUUUACUAUUAUUAAGACCACACCAAAGAUCAACAAAAUUAUACCUCCUUCAAAUCCUACACAACGUGAAAAGUACACCAGGAAACCUAUUGUUUACACAGUUCUAGAUGACAUUGGUCAUGGGGUCAAGGAAAGUAGUAACAAUUCCAGACUGGGAACUCUAGCACGCAAGAAUAGACAAGGAAGUAUACCAACGUGUCCAACUGCACCUUCUCAAGGAACUAUUGGAAGACGUGGUAAGGUCCCUGCAGCUGUUCAGCCUCCUGUUGCUCCAAGUGCAUACAGCAGCCUCGUGACUUGUUCCCCACUUACAGACGAGCCUCAGAUGCUUAGUGAUCCUGGUAGAAAUAGAAGCAGCUCCAGAGGCAGUGAGGUGGCGGUACCUCCACCCCCACCAGCACCACCAGCACCACCAGCCCCACCUGCCCCACCUGCCCCAGCAACAUAUGAACCAGAUGGAGUUGGCUUCCAGGAUGAACCAGGCUUGUUCUCAAUGGGACUGCCCCCUCCUCCUGUUCCUCCACCAGAGGUUUCCAGUGAGGUCUGUCUCCCUCAUCCUCCCCCCUUAAUGUCUGAUGCUCCUUCAUCAGCUAAUUCUGCUUCAGCCUGUCAGCACCAUCUUAUGUGGCAGGGCCCUCGACAGGGCUGUAGUGCAACAGCUUCUGCAAGCCUCAGGUGCAGGCACUCUGCAAGCUCCCUUUCUAUACGGUAUCCAUUUGUAAAUGGUACACCUCUCUCCUCCCCACUCUCAAUCUGCUCCCCAGAACCUGCCCUUUCCCCUUUAUUGCAGUCUAUUCCACAGAUCCCUCUGACUGGCUUUGUUGCUCGCUUUCAGGAGAAUAUCACUGAAUAUCCACCCCCACCACCUCCUCCUGACUACAUGCUUGACUUUGAUGAAUGUCCACCCCCACCUCCUCCGAUAGACUACUUAGAUGACCAUCACUUGAUACCCACCAACUACAUCGAGAAAGUUGUUGCACUCUAUGCCUACAAAAAAAACUGCGAAGAAGAUUUGACUUUCGAAGAAGGAGAAAUUAUCUAUGUCAUCAAUAAGAAUGAAAAUGGAUGGUAUGAAGGUGUCAUCAAUGGAAUUACUGGAUACUUUCCUGGAAACUAUGUACAAUCUAUCGACUAACACAACUGGUCACAGGAAAGCCUUGCAGGAAUCAUCAGCAAUUGGUGAACUAGUCAUGUAAAAAAUCCAAAUGUUCAGUUUUCCAUGUAAACUUCCCUAGAAGGAGCAUUAGUGUUCUUUUUAUUUUGUGGGCAAGGUUGAUACUUCUUAAAUUUUGUAGCUGACUGACGUCAUACAAAUUACAAAAACCACUUAGCCCAUUGAAGCUUGUUUGCUGUUCCAUUCUCAAAUGCUUCUGUUUUCGAAGCAUGAGAUAAUCUUCGAAAGGUGCAGAGUGAUUAUAAACCCUUAGCCAAUAGCAACCUCAAAGUAACUAGGGCACUAGACUGAGCCAUCCCUUCUCUUCUAAGGACAAAGGUCCACAGAGUUUGUACAAAAUGCCAAGGUGUGAUGUCGCCUGUUUAUUCUAUGUCUAUAAAUUCAGGUCUGCAAAUGUUAAAAGAGAGAAAUCCUCAGUCACUUAUUCCUACAAAAUAUAUUGAAGAAAUGAAGUUUUCUGCCUUUAAGUAUAAUAAUUGGAAGUGUUAGAAUGGGCCAUCAUAACACAGAUAUCCUAAAUUAAGUUUAAUUUAAUAAAGGCUGAAUGUAGUGACGUUGUCAUUGCAAGCUGGAGUAGAAGUGAUUGGAAAUUCUCCUGCCAAUCAUGCUUAAUUGACAAGAGCUGUAAGUGACCAAGUUGGAUUUUAUGUUCAUAAUUUAUAUGUUACUAUUUUCCACUUAUCAUAACUUUCUGGAGAAAUUACCCUGCUCUUAUCAGGAGAAGAUGGUGACAUUUCUGAAUAAAUUGACUUUGCUGUAUAUGAUGUCUGUGAGCUUUACUCUUCAUCCAACCAGUUGAUUGGCUGUCAUAGUAUUGUCAUCGAAUGUUCCAUAUAAUAAAAACAUAUACAACGGCAAUAUCAGUGAUAAAUCAAGGUUAAAUAUUCCUACAUAGUUCCUCACCUUAUGGAAAUUUUUGUAUCUAGCACAUAUUAAAGAAAAUAAGAUACUUGUAUUUAUAUAGUGCCUUUCACAACUUCAGGAUGUCCAAAACACUUUAUAUCCAAUGAUCUGUUUUUUGAAGUGUAGUCAAUGUUGCAACGCAAGAACCAAGACAGAAAAUUUGCAUACUCCAAGAUCCAAAAGUAACAAUGACAGAUAAAACCAGAUAACCUGUUAUAUAGGUGUUGGUAGAGAGAUACAUUUUGGUUCAUGCCCUAGUAUUCUGCGGUUGCUAUUGGAUUAAGUUUACACUUGUUCUACUACAAUUGUAUCCGGGAGAACUCAUCAACAUUUUUUAACAAAGGUAUGGGAUCCACUUUUAUCUGAGUGGGUUCAGUACCUUACCUGAAGUAUACUUAUCUUCCCAAUGUAGCAAUCUGUCAAUACCGUGCUAGAGAUUUCAAUCUGAACUAUGUGCUCAGUUGUCAGAAAUGUGACUUGAACCUAUAACAUAGUCAUAGAGUCAUAGAGAGAUACAGCACAGAAACAGGCCCUUUGGCCUACCUAGUCCAUGCCAGCCAUCAAUCACCCAUUUGCAUUAAAACUACAUUAAUCCCAUUUUUUUAUUCUCCCCAUCAACUCUCCCCAAAAUUCUACCACGCACUAGUAACUUUCAUUUUUCCAAUAGAGUAACAUUUAUUUUCUUGAACUGCCUCUUUUAUUAUUAUCUGAACACAGCAUUUGGUUAUUGCUGGAAAGCUUGACACUUAUUGUCCAUUCCUAAUUGGCCCUAAACUAAGUGCCUUCAAGCUCCACUACUUAAUAACAUCAUGAUUGAUCCGAUUAUGUCCUUAGCUCUGCAUUCCCGUCCAUUUGCAGUCACCUUUCACCCCCUGAUUUAUCAAGAAUCUGUCUACCUCUGCCUUCAAAGUAUUCAAAGACUCUGUUUCCACCACCCUUUGAGGAAUUGGAUGCUUAAGGCUCAUGACCCUCUGGGAGAAAAUAUCUCAUUUACUUUUUCUCUUAAAUUCAUUGCUUUUCUGUCUGAAAAGGACGACCCAUUAUUCUUAAGCAAUGGCCCCCUGGUUCUAGACUCUCCCACAAGAUGAAACAUUCUUUCUACAUUCACCGUGUCAAGACCCAUCAGGAUGUUAUAGGUUUAAGUCAAGUCCCCUCUCACUCUCCUAAGUUUCAGCAGAUAACAUUUGACUGGUCUAGAUUCACAUAUAGACUACGUAAGGUUGACAGGUAUCUUUCCCAAAAGGACAUCUGAUGGUUUUUUUAUGACAAUCAAAAUGGUUGCAAUUGCUAAUAUCAACAUCUUAUAGCUUAUUCAUUUCAUUAGUUGAAUUUAAGUUCUCCAGCUGCUGUGUGGGAGUCCAACUCAAGUCCAAGUCAACAGGUUCAGAUCCAGUAAUUUAGCUGCUCUGCUACCAUAUGUCUGGCUAAGAGCUCUUGUUUAUCAUAAAGAUAAAAGAGUUGCCAACAUCUUGAAUUUCUGGAAGAAAGGAACUGAACUUGUUCCACUUUUAGCGCAGCUUCAAUGUAUGAAAAUCAGUGCAGAAUUACACAGUUUUUAUCAAAGGAAAUGAUGGCACCAUCAAAGUAGAACAAUUUCAGUAAGUGUUAAUUCAAGGAGAAGCCAGUUGCUGAUGUAGAUUUAUGACAGCAAGUCUACAGUCUUCCACACAUAAUGGUAACUUUCAGUGGUUCAAAAGUGAAAGCUUUGACAUCCACUUAAUUCCCUUGAUUCUGAAAAGAACAAAUAUUCACCUUGGAAGGAAAUGUGGUCCAAAAUUUUUCAAUGCUAUUUUUGCAUACUGGAUGGUAAGAGGAGCAACUGUUGCAAAAAGUUACAAAAAAAAUCAAAUUCUUAAUUUGCAAUACAAAAUUAUCUAAGUACAUAUCCUAUUUUUAAUCUAUCAUGAUUAUUUUACUAAAGUUAUAACUUUUAAUAUGUUCUUUAAUUAAUAAAUAAAUAUUCAAAAAUAUUGUAUUGCAUUAGCUGUCAGUUUUAAUGCAUUGCCAGUAUUGGAUAAAGUGUGUUUGGCCUUAAUACUCCUGCUAAACAGUGUUUAUUCAGGAGCUGCUGAGUUCAAAUACUUUUAAUGUUAUGGCUGCCUCUCCAGCACCAAUGAUGAUUCUAUUUUUUUUGCAUUUUAUCUUCAAUAUCUACUUUUUCUUUCAAUUAUCAAAUUUCUUCUCACAUUUGUACAUUUACUGUGAGUUUAAUGCCAUUGCUAUUGAGCAGUUAAGAGAAGGAUGCUUUGGCUGGAUUGCAUAUUGUGGCACCAUUAUUAUGUGCCAGAAUGGAAGUGAUAGGAUAAUUCUCUGUCAUUCAUGUCUGGACAUUGUGCAGCACUGUAAGUGAGUGGUUUGAUUUUAUGAACAAAAAAUGUCUGGCUUGAGUUCAAUCUAUUUUUACACACAUCCAGUCGCAGUCUGAUCUCGCCCUGUUUUAAAAUAGACUGUAUACUGUGGUGUGUAGUCUGAUCUCACUUUCUGGCUUGCCAGUGCCCUUACCUCUUGGAUGGCCCAGGCCCUGAAAACCAUGCCCCCUCCACCCCGAGUUCUCCAACCGCCUGAUUGUCUAAGCCCCUGUCCUACAGGGGGCACAUGAACGAAUGGCUGUUGGUCCACUGUGAAAUGAACCUUUACUACACCCUUUUGGAUGCACUUCACUUCCUAGGCCUCUGUGUGCUUUGCAUGUUGCUCUGUUUGGUUCCUAAUGUGUGACAAGGUGCAACAAUUGUCAACUGAUACUUUUGUGUUUCUGUUAGGAGAAAGGCACAUUUCUUUCCAGUGCAAACUAAAAUGUGAAUCACCUUUCUUUCCAUGUUCUUGGUCGCAUUUACUUUUUUAUUCUUACUGUACACCUGGUGAAAGAUGUGAACAGAAUUUAGCUUUUUUAUAUGUGGAACUAAGGUUUAAGGCCAACAGUUACUGUUGGUAUUCUUACUGUGAUUGAAUACUGAACACUGCUGUGGAAGACUCACUGUUUUAACUUAAAGAUUAAUCUUUGUUAGCCAAAAUAAUAGAUAACAGAAUAUUUUAUCAUCGUGUCAAUCAUUUGCUAGCUGAAAAUUGACAAUUAUAAUUUCUGAUUUGUAUAGUAAAAAUAUUAUAUUUUGUAUAUUUGGUUAGCUCACUGAAAAAUUACUUUGCACUUUUUAAAAUAACAUAUGCAAAAUACUAUUUUCUGAAAAUACAAUUAGAUGAAUGAGCUAUUCCUUAUUUCAUGGUGUGCUUCAAAAUAAUUGCGACAAAUGAAAUUGAGGGGAGAUUUAAUGGAGGUGCAUAAGGGAAUGAUGGUGAUAGUGAGGACCUUUUUCCAUCAGCAGAGAGGUCUUUAAUCAGGGGCCAUAGCUUUAAGUAAAUUGGCAGAAGGAUUAGUGGGGAAAUAUUUUAUUCAACAAGUAGUAUGGAUGUGGAAUUUACUGCUUUGAAGGGUGGUGGAGAAAGUCACCCUCACCACAUUUAGAAAGUAUCAGGAACAAGAGAUGUGAAGUGAAAUUAAACUUGUGGAACAACAUGGACAUAACGAGUUGAAAGGCCUCUUUCUGGGCUAUUUCUAAUUAUGCUGCAGUAAUACAGCUCUGUUCCUGCAGCGAUUUGUGUAGAGUAAUGGCUGGGUGGAACCAGGGAGCUUGGGUCCUCCAGUAAUUGUUAGAACUUUAAGGCUGCUAGUAUAUAUAGAUAUGUCGAUAAUAUGUGUGUUAUUAAUGUGCCCCUUCAAAAGUGGUCAGAGCUAAGUAUCUGUGCAUACCCCUGUGGCUGUCAAAGGGGCAAAUGUUUCAACAAUACAGCUUCUAAGAUCUUCCCUUUUGUUGAGCUAAUAGAUAAUGUUGUAACAUUUUAAUGGUAUCAAAGAUUCAUAUUUUUUAGAAAUUGAAAUAAAGUAAAUGUG